GUCACAUGCGACGAUUUGUAAAAAAGAAAAGGUGAAAAUCGAUUUUCUUUUUUCUUAGCUAUUUUUUAGAUGAAGAGCUGGUGCACAGUGUUAAUUUUCUGAAGUUUUUAGUUUUAACUAAAUACCUAAUAUCUCUUUUGUGAUUAGUACCUCUUAAAAAUCACCAUUGAAUCAAAAACGGGCUGCGAGUUUAUUUAGUUCAGAGUCUGUUUACUGUGUUUUUAAAUAUUUAUUUUGUUUUAUAUCUUUACAAUGAACGUAACCUAUCUUUUUGCGGUGGUAAACAAGAAUUUUAAGAAAAGAACUUUAUUGAAAGAAAUUUUUUAUUUUAUAAUGCACUUUCAGAGAUGAGGCGUGAUAAUAUUAUUUGUGUUUUAAUGUAUUUUUCUUUCAAAUCUUAAGCGGCGAUUUUACUUCUAUUGGUUUUUACAAGCAUAGUUUCAAAUUUUUGAAUAAUUGCAGUACAAAGAAUGCCUUGCUUGAUAUGUAAAAACUACGAUUUGGCACUAGAUAAAAUUAACGAAGAAAAUUGUAGCAAUUCUAGUACUGCAAAAGAUGAUUUAAUAGAACUAUUUGGAGAUCAGAUAAAGUACUAUAUUGCUCAUGAUAGUAGCAUUUGCAAUAAUUGUAAGAAUAUUCUUAGAAAUGCUGCAAAAUUAAAAUCAUUUAUUUGGAAACUUAUGACCUAUCCUUCCAGCUACAAUACAGCAAACAUGAUGUGUAACUAUUUAUCUAAAUUUGCUGAUGAUGAUUAUAGUGAUGAAGACCUAGAGUUGAAUAAUGAAAGAACUCCAACACCAAAAUUAUUAACAAGAGCUUUAACAGAGCCAUAUAAUAAGGACCUGGAGGAAAAAUUGGCUGAAAGAGAGAGAAUGAAGAGCUUAAGCAGGUCAAAUAGUUAUUAUGGCAUAGAAGAAUACCCAAAGAAGAAAAAAAGGAGAAAAGGCUUUAGAUUGACGUAUCGGAAAGGCUCUUCGGUGAAGAGUCCGAGUGCCCGCUCCCGUAGUUCAAGAUCACGGUCUAUUAGUAGAAAGAGUGUCAGCAGUACUUCGACAGGUGUGACCACAAAAAGUGUCGGGAGAACAACCCGCUCUGUUUCGUCGAAGUUAAGUACACAAAGUAUGUUUACAAGAUCCCUUGCGCGCGAACUGUUUGAAGAAGGCCGUUUAAACGACUACAGAUACCACUGUACCAUUGACUCCUGCGAUGUAGGCUAUAAUGAUAUGGACUUUAUGGAUCAACACAACGUUUAUGAACAUCAAAUGCGUAGACUCUUCUUUUGUACAGAAUGUAACUUGGCAUAUACAACAGCACCACUUUUAAAAGAUCACGAAAACAAACACUACACUACAUACUUUUUCUGUUUUUACUGUGGAGAGAAACAGUAUGGUGCCGAUGUUCUGCAGAAACACCUAGACAAACAUUCCGAAUACUCAGUAGAUUGUAAAUACUGCGAUAAAUCUUUUUUGAGCACAUUAUCGAGAAAUGAACAUUCAAAGACUGCACAUAAAGGAGACACCCAUAAAAAAAAGAAGAUAGAAAAACUAAUAUUAGCUCGGAUCGACAAACCCAACUAUUCGGAAAAGCGUCCUGUGGUAGAUACAUCAUAUAAAGUUUGGUAUUUAGGUGCCCACAAUUACCAUCACCCUGAACAACAAAAUGGGAACGAUUCAAUAGAAGUUACAGAAACAGAAAGUAGUCAAGAAUCCGCGGAUCAAGAUGGUGAGACGGCAACACAAGAAGGUCCUUGUGAAUCCCCGGCUUCCGUUCUUUCUCUAUUGUCCAUAGGUCAAGAAGUCAACACUACAACUGAAGAAGUUACAGAUCCCGAUUGUAACAACACAAUAGAAGAAAUUCCAGAUCCUGAUUGUAACAACACAAUAGGAGAAGUUACAGAGCAGGAUUCACCAAUAGAAGGAGUAUCAGAUGCAGUUGACAAAAUAUGAUCAAGAAAAUUUGGAUAAAUUUUAAGGAGUUUUAGUACUUGAUUUCUAUGGAAUCAUUUAAGAACACACUAUUUAAGAGCUUGAUUUGGACGAGUUUUAAAGUACUUUUUCCAUUGAAUGCAAUACAAUUUUCGAUACAUCAACUAAUUAAUGUAAGACGAGCAGAUCUGAUAAAUAAAAUAUCCAAGAUAGGAAAAACUUUAAAUAGUACCAUUUGUAGCCGAAAGUGUCAAUUACCUACUGUAUUUGUAUAAUUUUGUAUGAAAAUUAUGAAAGUACAAUGAUCCCGUGUACUUUUUAUUUUAAUUCCAAUAGAAUUUUUUAAUUGCUGCUACAAAGAAAUAUAUCAAUUAUUAACAUAGUUAAAAACGCGUACAUAUUGUAACGUGGCUAGUGAUAAGCGCUUCUUUCAAGUUGUGCUUUCACUAAACACUUAUACACUUGAUGCACAUAUGAUUUCUAUCACCGGGUUUGCUAAAAUCUGUUAGAUGUACUGAAAUUAGUAACAGUAAACUCAAACCACGUUCGUAACUGAGUUUCCACGUUGCUCUGGCGAUGGGCUGUCGAAAAUUUACUACGACAUGCUAAUGAAUCGCAAAUUAAUUAGUUGUCAUGUUUACAAAUAAAAUUUUGCUCGUUCUUUGAAAGACUGUAUAUCCAAAGAGGAAGUUAUUAUUACCUGCAUGAUAGGUUUAUUUUAUUUCUAAAACUUAUACAUUAUAUAAAAUAUUUGUUUAUCUAUUUUCUUUU